GAAAGACUUGAACCAAAACACAACAUAGCAUUAUCAAACAACCCUUCUAAACUCCCUCUUAAUUAAGUCUCUAGCAUUCACAAAUAGCAUUGUUUGUUUUCCAAAUGGGGGCUUCAUCUAGUGCUUCUUCCUCCAAAUCAAAGAAAUCCACCAAAAACAAGGGUGUCAAAGACAUUGCAUUAACAGGAGUAGGCAACCUCAUUAAGCUCCUCCCUACCGGCACGGUCUUCUUGUUCCAGUUCCUCAACCCCGUCUUAACCAACAAUGGCCACUGCAACAACCCCGUCAACAAGUAUCUAAGCGCCAUUCUCAUUGCCAUUUCAGCCUUCUCUUGCUGCUUUUCUUCCUUCACUGACAGUUACAUCGGCAGUGAUGGACAAACUCACUAUGGAAUUGCAACAACAAAGGGUCUUUGGCCCUCAACCAGUUCUGGCUCUAUGGACUUGUCUGCUUACAAGCUUCGGGUUGGGGACUUUGUGCAUGCCUUCCUUUCCUUGACCGUGUUUGCAGUGGUAUCACUUUUGGAUUCCAACACUGUGAGGUGCUUCUAUCCUACAUUUGAGUCCACUGAGAGGGUUUUGCUCAUGGUGUUGCCUCCUGUAAUUGGCACUAUUGCUGGUACUGUCUUUGUUGUGUUCCCUAAUAAACGCCACGGAAUUGGCUACCCUUCUUCAAGUUCAGAUUCUUCACAAGACUCGGAGGACUCCUAGGCUUCCACAUACUACAUACAACCUAUUGCAUCCCAAGUUGAUUCACUUACGAGAGUACUGCUAGUUUGACAAUUGCUAAGAAUGAAUGCAUGCUUUGAAGUUUGAUCAGUUUGGCUUUCCAUUAUUUAUGCUUUCAUCUGGUAUAUGAUUUCAUCGUGUGUUUGAUAGUUUGCCUAAAUUUAUUGGUUUCGAUUAAUUUUCAUCCAGUUGAGAGUAUGUAACAGAUUAUCCUAUGCUCUGACUAAAUUUUUAUGAAUCAUAAGUUUAUGACGGGUACUGUUAUAUGGUGGACCAUUGAAGCCUAUUAUUUGAAGCCAAUAUUUUCUUAUUUGCACC